CUGCACAACAGCUCAGUUGAGCGCCCUGUGUGGUGACGGCUGGGCAGCAGCCACACUAUUUAAAGAGGGACUAGGUCGAGACAUGAGGAUAAGCACCAGGGCUUUUGCUAUAGACGGGACAGUGUGAGACUGCAUGGCUAUCCAGUUCACUGGACUUUGCAUUCAUUAUCAGCACCACUGCCGUCAUCUGCGAGGAACACCUACCUCUCUGCACUACAGACAAGAAAGUUUAAAAAGUUAAUCCCCGUAAAUCCAGAGUGUGCAUAUCUGAUUACAACCGUUUAGUGAAGUUUAAGUAGUGCAAUCCAAUAAAGUGAUUAGUUGGCAACAAAAAGCACAAAACCUAUUGAAAUAUGUCCGGAACUGUUGCUAUAAAGUGCAGCCUUCCCAUAUGGCUUGGAUGGCUUGUGCUAGCGGUAACAAGUGGCAGUGAAAACACCUGGCUAUCGGAAGAUGACAUUAAGGUGCUCGUGCUAUUGCCAAAGGACAAUAACUUUAUGUUUUCCAUCGAGCGAGUGAAACCGGCAGUGGAGUACGCGCUGACCAAUUCAGUCAAGCAGUUCCCAGCGGUGCGUUUCGAACCUGUCUAUGAGGACUCCCAGUGCGGCAAUGGGGCGCUGUUCAGGUUGGUGGACUUAGCAACAAGAAAUAAGCCUGACCUGAUACUGGGACCUGUGUGCGAAUAUGCUGCGGCUUCUGUCGUCCGCCUUGCUUCUCACUGGGGCAUACCAGUUAUAUCGGCUGGAGCUUUGGCUACUGCCUUUUCAACCAGAACACCCGAGUAUACAAUGCUCACCCGCGUCUCACCCAGUUACCUCAAAAUGGGUGAGAUGUUUUUGUCCAUGUUCAACUAUUACCUCUGGAAGGAAGCCUUACUUUUGUAUAGUGACGACAAAGUAUCAGACAGGAACUGCUUUUUUACCAUGGAAGGGGUGCAUGGAAAUUUGGUGGACAAUGGUUUUAAUUUGGACUCUUACGGAUUUGAUGAGACCAAACGCUUGGAUGUGGAAGAUAUUAUGGAAACCAUUAGGGCCCACGCAAAAAUUGUGAUCAUGUGCGCCAACAGCAAUACAAUUAGGACUAUCAUGCUAGCAGCCCACGAUGAAGGAAUGACCAAUGGAGAUUACGUUUUCUUCAACAUUGAACUGUUCAACAGUUCUGCAUAUGGAAAUGGUGCCUGGAAGAGAGAUGACAUACAUGAUGCUAAAGCCAAGAAAGCAUAUUCCUGUCUCCAAACUGUCACACUUCUGAGAACAGUAAAGCCUGAAUUUGAAAAGUUCUCACUAACAGUAAAAAUGUCACUUCACCAACAUGGAGUAAGUGAUGAGGAUGACUAUGUCAACAUGUUUAUAGAAGGGUUCCAUGAUGCCAUUGUUUUGUAUGCCAUAGCAUUAACUGAAGGAAUGAAGAAAGGAUAUAGCAAGAAAGAUGGAGAUAAAAUUGUUCAGCACAUGUGGAACAGAACAUUUGAAGGCAUUGCAGGUGAGGUGUCCAUUGAUGCUAACGGUGACAGAUACGGCGACUUUUCAAUAAUUGCCAUGACAGAUCCUCAGGCAGGUUCACAGGAGGUCAUUGCAGACUAUUAUGGAAUCACAAAAAAAUUUGAAAUGCGAACAAAUGUGAAGUUUCCCUGGGGUGAAAAACUUAAAAACAUAAAGGAAACAAGACCACCAGAUCAUGCAAGCAAUCCUGCUUGUAAAACUUGUGGACUGGGUGAGUCGGCCGUUACAGGAAUAGUAGUAGGCGCGCUGCUAGGGGCAGCUUUGCUGACAGCGUUCUAUUUCUUCAGGAAAAGAUACAGAAUAACAAUUGAAAGAAGAAUCCGUCAUGAUGAGUACGACAUUGGAAAACACAGACAAUUAAGAGAAGACUCCAUUAGAUCAAAUUUUUCUGCUGCAUAAUGGAAAUUAAUGGUAGUGUUCCAGAUGUAUUUAAAAGAUGUCUGACCAAAGGAAUCCAUGAAUAGCAGAAGACGCUGGAGAACUCAUUUGAGCAGAAGAGUCCUUUCUGUCUUCAUUUCCUUCAAGCUCAGGAAUUAUUUACCAGUCAGAUUUGCCAAAUGGCCUUUUACAUGUUGAAAAACAAGGAUGCUGUUUCAUGCAAAUGAGUAAACUUCAAGAAUGUUGUUAACUACUGACACAUUUGGCCUUGAGCUUAAGAAUCAUCUCCCAGAAUUCUGCAUUUUAUUUUGUUUGUGUUUUGUCUGUGUGCAUAUGUUUAUGUAUGUGGAUUCUUAACUGAAAGUACAAGACCCAUAAUUACAUGUCCCUCAACUACAAAAAAUAAAAUGUGAAUAACAUAUGUCAUAUAAACAUUUUAAAGGGGACAUUGUCUCCUGCACCAUCACAUAUCUAUGUACAAACUCAGUUUCUAUAGCUGAGACAAUGAGAAUACCUGAGGUGCUACCAGCCCUGUACUUGGUGCAUAUUCUCCUCGCACAAUUUUAGUCUCAUAGUUCCAAGGAUCGCAGAUGAUGUGAUAUUUGUAGUUUCAACAGGAACCUAUAUAUAUGCAUGUACUAAUAUACAGACACACUUGUGUGCAAACAAACAGGCACUCCUCUGCACAUGCACAUGCACACACACACACACACACACACACACACACACACACACACACACACACACACGCACACACACACACACACACACACACACACACACACACACACGUGUGUCAGAACUGGAUUUCUUUAAGCUUUCCAAAGCAAAAGCUGUGUCUUUAGGAACAGCACAAGAGAGCAUCUCCAACUACUACAUGUGUCACUGUGUUGCUUCUUCCAGCACAUCGUCUUACAUCACACUAUAUGACAUAAAUAGUAAGCAGUAGAUUUAUAAAUGGACUGUGGGUUUUAAGGUAUCCUUUUAUAACUAAGGUUGUCACAAGCAUCUAUACAUGUCUGCAUUAAUUCCUCAGACAUACACUAUUCUAAAUUUAGAGACUUCUAUAAACAAGCAAAUAAUUGGCACUAAAGAACCAUUGUGUAAUCUAAGGAUUUCUUCGGUAUUUAUUUUUUGUAUGAUGUGCUUAUCUGUUGGUGACCAAAGCCAUAUGAGUUUUGCUAACCAAAUCAUUUGAUGGAUGUGACUUGUGACUAAUGUACAGAAAAUUAUCAUCUGAAGUUUAACUUCUUUGCUGGACAUUUGUCACCCUAUUUGUAUAGUCAAAAUUCUAAUGUCAUCUCCAUAUUAUUUUGUUACUUUACAGUCAUUUGAUUGUUUUUUAGCUUAUUCACUUAAGUUCAUCCUAUGACUCAUAUCUGGAGAAUCCACAUUAAACGUAUUUGUCAAGCCAUCGUUAAGGGCGAUAAAACAGAAUGGCACUAAACACUUGGUUAAUGAUAAACAUUUAAUAUUCAGAGUAGCAAGAUGUGGCUGAAAAUGAUCUACAGAAUUUUACAUUUAAUAUUUUUAAAGCUGAAAAUUUAAUGCAGUUUUUUUCCAGUGCAGGACCAAGAAAAUGAAGAUUCCAGGUUAUUAGCUGCUGUAAGCAACAUUAUUCUGCAAGUCUGAUAUUUCAGUGCAGGCAGCUGGCCGUAGUGAUAGUGAGCUGUUUAUUCAUCUCACAUUUGUACAAGGAAAAGCAUGAGUUUGCUUUCUCUGGCUUGUGUUUCAUAUUCACUAAGGUAUUUUGGAAGUGGCCCAAAACUGACAUAUUUGACAUUCCAAAGUAUUCCCAAUGUCCACUGCCUUCACCUUUGGGAUGGGGGUCAAAGCUCAGAAGUGUUUUUUUUUUUUUUUUUUUAACGUCUGCAUUUUAAUGUGAGUGCAAAUAACUUGCAACAUGUACAGAUAACCUUGGCCCUGUUGUAAUAAACUGAGUAUGCUAGAAUAAAGUUUCUUCAGAAUAAAAGAAAGAAACCAGUUUUAUAAAUGCGGACCAUUUUUAUCCUAGUUUGCUCUAAAUAGUGUAGAUUUUCCAAAACAGAUUUUCUCAUGACUGGACAGAUAUGUUGCCUGAUGAUAAGAAUAGUGUCGCUGUAAGUAAAUUACAGCUCCAAGUCCCUCAGACUGACAGACAGUCUACAUGAUACUUGCAUAUUUUCUUUGCUUUUUUAUACUUUAGAUUGUUCUGCUGAUUUUCAUUUGGAAAUGAAGGGAUGAAGCAGGACAAAAAUAACUGUGGAAUUAAGUAACAUGAAUGGCAGUACCAGACAUUAUCUGUAUAAAAAAAAUGUUACAUAUUAUCUGUACAAGUAAUGGAUUAAUACAAAAAAGGCAAAAUUGCUGUACCCUCAAAAUAAAUUCAUCACAUAGUUA